CCACCCACACUCGAUCACUCCAUUGCAAGAGGUGACUCUAUUAUGGAAGAUGUCUUGGAGGUGGCCCGAACUCUUCAUCAGCUGGGCGAGCACCGUGAUGAUGCCUCGAGCGAAAUCCAUAAGAGAAUUUUCAAACUAUUUCAUGGUAACCAUGUAGAAAGACUAUCGGUCUCUACAGGGAAUGAAUGGUCAGAUGGCUCUAUAUGGGUGAAAGUGCUUGAUAUGGGGUCGGCCAAGCAAAGAAAGGUAACCAUUCUCAAUAUGCUGGAGUAUAUGGGGGCGUGGGAAUGGUACGAUGGCCAGAUCAGAAUUGCACAAAACACAGUUUUCACCAAAAAGGGUAAGCGGGUAGAUCGUCGAGGGGCAGCUACACAUAACAACUCAUCUACUAUCAGUAGGAUGCAAGACUUACGGCGAAAACAAAUUAUCAUGCAACUCAGCAGGGGCCAAAAGUUAACCACCCAGCUUGUCAGGGAACUAGGGAUCGGAAUACUAUUCCAUCGAAAGAUCUGGGAUUUCACCAAAAUGGAUACGACAAAGUUGGACCACCUAAUUCGAGACGCCAAAAGCAACUCGUGUUAUAUGAAAUUACUUUAUAUUCUAAGCUCGCAAUUAGAAUGCCUACUCUGGAAUGGUUCCCCAGAUCUUGACAAAUUUUACACCGAGCUACAGGAAGAGGAACUACUUGCAGAAAACGAGCUCGAAGAGCUGCAAGGCACCUUUCCUAUGCAGCAUGGAAACUUACUGCAUGGCAAAAUAACCAUGGCAAUUGAUGACUUGAUUCAGAGGGUUCGAAGCAACAUUCUGGCUGGGUCCAAGCCUGGCUACGAAGGUUUUACUGUGAGUGGAAGUGUGGAGUUGUCAUGCGAUGUAUUCCAGCGGUUUCAUCCAGGUAAGUGGCUAGAUGCCUGGGCUAUCUUGGCAGCUAUGCACAUAUCGGAUAAGCCAGCAAAUGUCACAUACAAUAUGAGCAUUCCUUUGGAUGCGAAUAAGAACAACCAGAUUCAGCAGAUUGAGAAACCAUUGUCACGAUGGGCAAAGACGAUCGAAAAGCACAAACAGACCUUGGGUCCAGCGCCUCUUGUUCAUUUUUGUCCAAUAAAUCAUCGGAACAAUCAUUUUACGCUACUCGAACUUAAUGAGAAGGAGAAGAUCAUACGUCACUACGACUCUAUGGCAAAUCCAGAUCCCGUCAAAGGCAUCAAGGAGACCCGUCUCUCAAAACUGGUCCAAGAGGAAUUCGGCAGCCUAGGGUUCUCCUAUCUAGAGGCACCUACUCCCCAGCAAAGUGACAACUGGAGCUGUGGCAUCCGAGUUGUCUGGAACUUCCGGCAAUUAUCUAAUGACCUGUUGAUUGGAUCAUGGGAUACAGUGUUGAGUCCGGAAUCUAUGGCACUAGAAGUUGUGAAUGGGUUGAUCACUUGCGUUGAGGAGAAUACUAUUAAGAAG